UACUCUCAUCUAAUUUGAAUUUUAUUCUACUACCUCUAAUUUGCUCAGCUGUAUAUGUCGGAAUGAACUAUGGAUAUGGACCACCAAACAGAGUUGGAGGAAGAUAUCCGAAUAACCGACAGCAGAACAAGGUGGCACCACUGGAAGUCAGGGACAAUUCGAUGACUAUUGGUGUUGCAGAUGAGCAUGUUGGACUAGUCCUUGGACGUAAUGGGAGGAGCAUAAUAGAGAUCAGUCAGCUUAGUGGUGCCAGAAUAAAGAUAUCAGAUAGGGGUGAUUUCUUGUCUGGUACUUCCGACAGGAAGGUAACUAUAACUGGAUAACAAAGAGCAAUCCGCACUGCAGAGUCCAUGAUAUCUCGGAAAGUAGCUACUAUUUCUGUGAGAGAAUGAAUUUGUGAAAUGCUGAUAUCCAUGGCUGGAGAACACAUUCCAUCUGAGAAGGGGCAGCAUAUCUUAAGUACAUUUAAGGAAUAUUUCGAAGCAAAGCUAUAGUUUUCGCAAUUGAUUCAGUUGACUGAAUAUAUACCGUUCUAUACAGUCGUAAUUAUUCAAUAGCUAACACUCAGUUGACAACUUUGAAGUU